AUUUGUGUCAUGCAAAUGUCAACAAUAAAAUUAAAAGCAGAGGAAAAAAAGCCAUUUCUAAAGCACCAUUGAAUAAGUGACGACGCAAAAACUAUACAAAUUACGUUACAAAUAACGAAAGAACGCAUCUAAUAUCUUUUUCCCAUAAACAUUUAUAUAGAGUUGAAAUUUUCUUGUAACAGUGAAAUACAUUUUCGAAUUCUUCGCACGCUAAUAUGGCCCAUUAUUUUAGAAUCGUGUUAUUUGUUUUGGCAUUUCUGGCAAAUGGAGUGUAUCCAUUGCAACUGUUUUUGACCAACAAUGGCCCAGCUGUACGUGGUUCCAAAAUAACAUUUACUGCGACAGUUCCAGAUUUCACUGAUGAAAAUAUAAAAUUUGUUUUUACUGAUAAUGCACAGCCGCAACACAUAAAAACGUUUGAGAAUUCAACGGACAAAAUAAACUGGACUGUGGAGUACCCACGGAGUUUGUAUGAGGCUGGAGAAUACACUGCCACUGUGGAGUUGAUGAGAAGCUACUUCGGCUUUUGGAUACGGGAUAAUGUAGCAUCUUCUACAUUUAAAUUAACAGAUGCACUGAAUGGAAAUUUGAUACUGAAUCAAAAUAAUUCAACUCUUCAGAGCCAUUUUGUGUCCGUAAACCAGACAGUGACUCAUUAUGUUGUCUUGCCUGAUAAUGAGCUGGAGUUUCUGAAAGAAAAUGCAUCGAGAGUGGUCACAUACUGGUUUAAAGAUUGUAUGUACGUAGACCAGACUACGGACUUUAAAUUGAACCUGACAUACAACGAUGCAAUGUCUGAUCAUUACAUAGAAGCGUUGGUUGUUGCUGAUAAUGAGCCACUGCCGCCGAUAACGACAACGACUACGACAACGACUACUACAACAACUACUACUACUACUACUACUACCACUACGACUACUACAACUCCUAAACCACCAAAGUCAACAGAAGCACCUAAAAUAUCAACAUCAACGAUACAGCUUCCAACAUCUACUGAGAAGCAAAUAUUAAAUGACACUCUAGCUGUCCAAAGAUCAAAGCGUAGUGUAUCAAAUCACACUGCAAAGCAGAAAAGUGCCCCCCUAGAUUUCAUUUGCUACAACACUAGUUUUGUGCCCAUAAGCGAAAAAAAUGUUUACGGACAUUAUCAGGAAACGUUGAGCGUUAGAGCUCCAGUUUCCACGAUCAACAUUACCGGACUGAAUUGGCUGCAGCGUGGCGAGCUAUUGCACCUUCAGAUAAAGUACACAGGCAGUCCGCCCUUCGACUACUGUGUACAGUACAAGCAGGGCCAGUACAAUAUCACUGGGAACGAGACCUGUACAGCCAAAGCCAGGACGAUAGCGAACAACUUUUCCAUCAUCCAUUACUUCUCGGGCAGUGACCAGCAUACAGUUGUGGUGAUCAUAGAGAACGAAGUCACUAAAGCUGUCCAGAGAGCUACUAUAAAUAUUUACAAAGCGAAGGUGCACGCUCAGUUAUCCGUGAUCGUGGUGCCUGUGGUGUUCUGCCUACUCGCUGUUAUCCUGGUGGUGUUUGGAAUGGCGUAUUAUCAGCACCGUUCGAGGUACACGAUUGAGGUCGCCGACUUCGAUUUCGGCCAGGCGCAUUUAGACUACAAGACAUUCUCGGAACGGCUCAGAGACAGCUUCAGAAAUGCCUUGAACUUCAGGCAAGACGACACAGAUCCCAUCGUCACAAAUACAAGGUACGACUCCAUGACAUAAACUGGGAGUGAGCUGAUAGCCUCAAUGACUGGAGAGCCGUCAUGUCAUAUUAAGUGACCUUUGGGUGGAGUGCAGGCCAAAAAACUGUCUUAAGUUAACUUAGGCACGUAUCAUAGAACGUCACUCAAAAACUGCAGCUACUUAAUCAUUACAAUCCAACACAUGUGAAUCCAUGUUGGAAUUUGUGUUGUUUUUUUAUUAUUAUUAUUAUGCAAUUCUGUAAAAUGCUUUGGGGUGUAUUAUAAGCUUCUUGGAAUUAUGCAUACAGUCCGAUCCAACUUAUUAGAUAGGUCUUUACAGGGUGUUAGGUAAAUGGGUAUAUGAGCCGACACUAGCCCAUGUUAACAUGGUCAUAUAAAUGGUAUGGUGAA